CUUCUAUUAGUCUGUAGAGCUGUCUUGUGUUCCCCAUAGCCACUGCCUUUUCCAUCUCUUUUGCUUUCGUUGCCCACCACUUCUCACGGUCGUUCCUCAGACUUUUGCUUAACCUAGAUCUGAUUUCUUUACGCUCUUCAUCGUGUUCAGAGCCUGAUGGGAUGAGUUUACGAGAAUCCAUCAAUGCAAUAGACCUUGAGGAAAUCCAUUGGUUCUUUGUAACCGUGUGGUUUAAAUCACUGAGAGAUGUCACUGCUGUUUCCACAGCUGUUUGUAUAGCUUUCAAAGCAACAUCUGGGUCAACCUCGUUUUCAGAACUACCUCAUUGUGACCUCAGUUGUUCCUCGAACCUACUUUUGGUUUCCUCGCCACUCAGUUCGGUUCGAAUGGGUCUUUGUACUGUGGCUUUUUUUGAGUCCAGUGAGGCGCAAGCAGAUGUGUGCCCGUAUUGGGGCUUGGUCGGAGUCCAAGCAGGUACUCCAGAAUGAGCGGCAAUCUUCUACC